AUGGUGAAUUUAUCUCCUGAUGAUCUCGCAGAUAUGACCGAAAGAUUCGAUAUUAACAAGUUAAAUAACGAAUAUGGAGGUCCAGUGAAUCUAUGCAAAAGUUUAAAUUCAGAUCCUCAACAAGGAUUAAAUAACAACCAAGCACUAAAUCAAAAUCUCUCUUCAUAUGGACACAACGAUCUACCAGUUCGAGAAAUUAAGACAUUUUGCGAAAUAUUUUUGGAUGCAAUCUCAGAUAAAACUCUCAUUAUUUUAAUUAUUUGCGCUAUUUUAAGUUUAAUUCUUGAAGUUACAUUUGCUUCACCAGAAGAACGUAGUACAUCAUGGAUUGAUGGUGGAGCCAUCCUAAUUGCCGUUGCAAUUGUUUCAAUCGUUCAAACUAUUUCGAAUUCGAACCAAGAAAAGCAAUUUGCUGCAGUCAACCGCAUCAAAUCCAUCUUCAAAGUUACAGUCAUAAGGUAUGGCCAUACAACUCAAGUCCAAAAUCUCGAUAUCGUAGUUGGAGACGUCGUUAUAUUGGAGCCAGGCGACAAAAUACCAGCUGAUGGUGUUAUUCUUACUUCAGAAGAUCUAUAUGUUGACCAAUCGGUCGCUUCAGGCGAAAGUGAAGCCGUAUUAAAAUCAGAAACAGAUCCAUUCCUUAUUGGAGGCACACAUGUAUCAGAUGGACGUGGUUCAUUCCUUGUUACAUCCGUUGGCACAAGAACUCAGCAAGGAAAAGCAUUAAACGCCAUAGCAAAUGAAGAAUCUCGCGAAACACCACUUACAGAAAAGUUAUCUGUUCUAGCAGAACAGAUUGGCUAUCUAGGCAUGGGAUUUGCCAGUUUGGCCUUCAUUUGUAUCUUGAUUCCUUGGAUUUACCAUGAAAUCAAAUUAAAACAGUUUUCCAUCGCCAGACUUCGCGAACCCCUUGACAUGCUUGUUGUCUCCUUAACCAUUGUCGUCUGCGCUGUUCCAGAGGGUCUUCCACUCGCGGUAACCAUUUCUUUGGCUUAUUCAAUGCGAAGAAUGAUGACAGACAACAAUUUCGUCAGAAGACUCGAAGCGUGCGAAACAAUGGGAAGUGCAACAGUCAUUCUCACUGAUAAAACAGGUACACUAACUAAAAAUGAAAUGAAUAUAGAAAGAAUGAUUAUUGCAGGGUCUGUCACCACAAAUUUGCCAUCAAAAUUGAGAGAAGACAAAGAAUUUAUGUCAAAUCUUGUUGAUGGCCUUGUUGUCAAUUCCCAUGCCAUAUUAGAUGGAGCAAGUUCUAUUGGCAACCAAACAGAAUGUGCUCUUUUGAGAUUCUCUGCAAAUGCGUUGAGAAUUGAUUGGCAAAACAUAAGAAACAAUGCGAAAAUUUUACAUUGUUUCCAAUUUGACAGAAUCAGAAAAUUGAUGUCAACAAUUAUUCAAAAUGGAAAUGAUAUUGUUGUACAUACAAAAGGAGCUCCCGAUUUGUUACUUCCGAAAUGUACAAAGUUUUAUAAUGAUGAUGGUUUGAUAAAAGAAAUGACAGAAAAUAACAGAAAUUUCUUCCAACAAAAAGUGAUUGAAGAAGGAAAACAAUCAUUCAGAACAAUAGCACUAGCAUACAAGAAAUGUCCAACAAAACCAUUAACAGCUAAUGAUGCUGAAAAUGAUUUGAUUUUGUUGGCAAUUUUUAGUAUAAGAGAUACAAUUCGACCAAAUACGCAACGCUCAAUUUCCGCUGUUAAAAAUGCAGAUAUAAGAGUUGUUAUGUUGACAGGCGACCAUCCAUCAACAGCUGCUGCAAUAGCAACAGAUGUAGGUAUCCUUGAAAAUGGUUAUAAAAUAAUUACAGGAAGUGAACUGAACGGUUUGAAACCGUCUGACGUUUAUGAAAUUCUUAAAGAUGUUUCUGUUGUUGCCAGGUCUACACCUCUUGACAAACACAUGAUUGUCAAUGCUUUCAAGCAGGCGGGCGAGAUAGUUGCUGUCACAGGCGAUGGAACAAAUGAUGUCCCUGCUUUGAUGGCAGCUGAUGUUGGUUUGGCCAUGGGAAAAAGUGGAACAGAAUUAGCGAAAGAGGCGAGUGAUAUUUGUAUUUUGGAUGAUGAUUUUAGAUCUAUAGUAAGAAGUGUUGUUUGGGGUAGAGGUAUUAGUAAUAAUAUAAGAAGAUUUUUGCAAUUCCAAUUGACUGCAAAUGUUGUAACAUUAAUUAUAUCAACAUUUGAUGCAAUUUAUUCUCAAACAGCUCCUUUCAAAGCUGUUCAAUUGCUAUGGGUUAAUUUAAUCAUGGAUUCACUCGGGGCGUUGAGUUUGGCAACGGGAACACCAAGUGAUAACUUGUUGAAUAGACCUCCUAUUCCGCCUUCUUCUCCUUUGAUUUCUUUCUUCAUGUUUUAUCAGAUUUCUGUUCAAACAAUUUUCCAGUUGUUGACUAUGUUUGUUUUGUCGAAAAUACAAAAAGAAAGUGAAACAUUCGUUUUCACUGUUUUUAUUUUGUCACAGGCUUUUAAUUUGUUUAACUGCAGAGCGGCUGAACCAAAUGAUUCCGCUUUCCAGGGCGCUUUCCAUGGUUUGUUUAUUUUGAUUUUCUUGUUGAUUUGUUUGAUCCAAAUUGUUUUGGUUGAAUUUACUCCAAAAUUCUUCGCAUGCGAACCUCUCAACUUAAUGCAAUGGAUCUGCGCAUUCUUUGAUGCUGCAAUGGCUAUUCCUGUUGGAAUAAUUGCAAGAUACUGGUUCCCGAAGUUUAGAUUCUUAAGAAGCAAAUCAAAGAAAUAA